UUCACAAUUCCCAGCAACACAUAGAUAGAGAGAGAGAGAGAGAGAGAGAGAGAGAGAGAGAUGUUACAGUUUCCAGCGUUCAUGACACAGUACCCGUGGUCGACGAGGACAAUUCCGACGUCGUUUUUGCUUCCCUCUCAGUGGCCUCAACCCCACAGCGAGGAGCUCCUCCUUGCCACGGAGGAGUCCGAUUACGAAGAAAAGUGCAAUGAAAUUGGGAAGACUAAUAGCAACCUGAUUGUGAUUGGGAAAACCACUGUUGACAAUGAUAAGGAGGACUUUGAUAAUGAUGCUGAUGAUGAUGAUGCUGACAAUGCAGAGGAAUCUGAGGGUGAAGAGUUUGAGCAGGAAACGAGUUAAAAAUGCUGCGUAUUUGUUCCCUGUUCUUGUUGUUUUUUUUGGAAGGUUCUAAAUGUUGGCAUACUCUAUGUCAUUGAGUAUUAUACGAACAUCUCUGGAUAGGCUGGACUUGCUCUUUUAAUAGCUUAUAAAUAGAACAACUGUUGACAUAAA